AUGCCACCGUGCCCUCCUCGCUUCUACGCCGGCUCCAUGCCUGCCCGAGCGCGGGAGUCAUCCUCCCUUUCUCUUAACCACGGGAAGCGCUCGCCUGGCGCUACGGAGCAGGGCCGCACCAGCGCUGCUCGGUGCAGACAGCCUGAACUUCGGCGUCCUUCGCACCUUGCCCUCCCUUCUGUCUCCUCAGAGAAGCUGAAGCUUCCUUUCGCUGCCUCACCUCGUGGAGGCGGCGGCGCGCUGCACUCCGUGCCUGCCUGCCCGCUUCCCUCCUGCGGCCGUGGAGUAGAAGCUAAACAGCCCAACUCUGCCAUCAGGAAAUGUGUUAGAGUCCAGCUGAUUAAGAAUGGCAAAAAAAUAACAGCUUUUGUUCCCAACGAUGGCUGCCUGAACUUCAUUGAGGAAAACGAUGAAGUUCUGGUUGCUGGUUUCGGUCGGAAGGGUCACGCUGUUGGUGACAUUCCUGGAGUUCGCUUCAAGGUUGUCAAAGUAGCCAAUGUUUCUCUGUUGGCCUUGUACAAGGGCAAGAAGGAGAGACCAAGAUCAUAAAUUUAGAUUAAUUUGCCAAGAAUGUCAAUAAAACUUUUGAUUGGAAAAA